AUGGCAUGCAGUACCAAAAGGGAUGCGAGCGAUAUUCGAGACGGGAGAACUGAGCGGCGAUUACCUGCCAUUCCCCUUGAUGCGUGGGCAUUCCGCCGUAUGGCACCUCAAGGCUCCAUCACCCCAAGUGGCCUCAUCACCGCAGAUGUGGAUGGUGACGGUGUGGAAGAGGUAAUUAUUGGCACAACAGAGGGGCAGUUGCUGUUGUUGAAGAUGGGUUACAGGACACCCGUGUAUUCUCGAACGAUUCCUGCCACGAUUUCUGUGGUUCUUUAUAGCGCAAAGACGCUUCGUCUCCUUUUGGUGACACUGGAAGGACAAUGUGAAGUGAUAGAGGGAUUCAUUACUGGCAGUAAAACUAUAGCCUGCUCAUCUCGUGGUGGGUCUACGACAUCUUCUCGCAAGAGGGAUGAAGAUGCAACCGCCGGUGUCAUGGGUUCGGAGAUGUGUUCUGGGGGAAGCCACAGCGGGGUCUACAGUGAAUGUUUGGACAAGGAGUAUCAACCCUGUGGGGCCUCUUACAUCUUUUCCAUCCCGCCAAACUGCAUUUGCGGUGAUAUUGGCGUCGAUGAGAAAAGCGGCGAGGGAAACAUUGUUUUCUUGGGAUCAUAUGAUGGUCAUGUGUACGUUUAUUCCGUUUCGCCUCUUGGUGAACGGCUUGGGUUGCUUUUUCUUCACUCCCAUGUUUCCUCCAUAAAAUCGUUUAUUGUGCCGGCCAACGGGACUGCACUGCCACCUUCCAGAGAUGACCACCUUACGUGCGCGGAAAGCAGCAGCACUACUACAGCAUCAUUUACGAUGGAAACCUGGCGCAGAUGCUCCUUAUUGCUCGUCUGCUGCAGCCAGCGUAUCGUAUUGCUUGGUGCCUCUCGGGAGGAAAUAAUGCACUGGCAGGGGCACCAUCAACCUCGAACGGUUUCGAUGGUUGGGUACGUGUGUGAGGGAUGUGCAGCAACCUCGGCGUGCAUGCGACCCACAGAUGCUGUAGGCUCUUUGACUAUAGGAAUGGAGACUCCGCUUUCUGACAGUAGCACUUCUUUAAACAAAACGGCACCAUUGGAACCCAAGUGGCAGUUUCCACUUUAUCAUUUGUCGAAGAGUAAUGUACAUCUUCCCACUGAGGAAGGUGGUAGACAGGUGGCCCCUCAGGAGGAAAGUACCGCCGAGUUGCACGCUCCGUGGUUGUUGCCCUGGAAAUAUUCGCAACAUCAAGGCAGCUCAAAUGCCACGGUGACAACACUGGAAAUUCAACAGUGUCGCCAUUCUUAUCAGCGGCAGCAUGACAGUGUUGCCAGCACCAGCACAACACAUGACCAUGGGGAAUCAUCUCCUAAGGUUAAUGACGCGGACGUGAUUAUUCGCUCACCUGCAGCUGUAGAUGUAGCAACUGCGCCACAUGCUGCGCAGUUCGCCGUUGCCACGGAGGACGGUCGUUGGUUCAUAUUCGAAAUGUUGCUCGCAGGUUCGAGCAUUGGAACGGCUUCCCCGGGGCGAAUAGGGGAUGGGCCGGUUGAAGGCUCCACAUCUUCAUUCCGUGGGACGGUUGUGUGUUUAAUGUCGGGUUGUGUCCAAGAUGCCGGAUUCGUUGAACGUGUUCGCGUCGUCAAUGUAGGAAACGAUGGGUUCCAGGCAAUCUUCCUUUCCAUGGACGGGACCUGUUAUGCCCUUGAUGCGCACAAAAAUACCGUUGUCACAUCACGGGUGAAGGCGGGUGCGCUUUCCUUUACCGUAAUGGGGUGUGCUUCAGAAAAUGGGGAAGCUGGAUCCCCUGCCGGUAACACUGCCGCUGCUGCAAUGCGUCAGAAUGAGGCGCUCUCCAGUCUUGCUCCAUGCGGAUUUUCUCUCGUUAGUGUUGCUGUUGAUGAGGUGGUGGUUUUGUCAAUUGGUGGUGAAUCGCAUGAGUGGACUCCACCAACAGGUGCGGAUGGUUUAGUUCGUGAUCGUGGGUCCUCGGCGCUUCAAACGCGCAUAUCUACGAAUGAGGGCGGUCGUGGUAUCCAUGAAGGUAGUGAACAGUCAAAUCGAAAGCUCCUUGACCAAACGGAAAACGAUGCACCCGAUGAAGAUGCUGUAAUGUUGAAGCUCGGCGCCCUGCUUCUAAAAGGUAGCCAUAACCCCGGGGAUGUUGAGCGUUUCUCGGAGGAGUACCGGCGUUUUGUUGCUCGGAAGUUUUGUGCGUUUGGCCUCACACAGAAGGAGUGGAGGAUGCUUCAGCAGCUGGGCGAGUAG